UUAAUAUUUUAUAAGUUCACACUUCACACUACUAGCUUCCAAGUACUUAACUCACGAAGGGCAUGUCAAAGGAUGUGGUCUUAAAGAAGAUCGAAUUGAAGGUGUCUACCAACUGCUGCGAAGGAUGUAAGAAGAAGAUUAAUAAGGUUUUAGGAAGCAUGGAAGAUCACUAUGGUAUGGCAGGUGUUGUGAAAACAGAUAUAGACCCAUUUCAUCCCAAAGUAACAGUUUUAGGAAACUUGAAUCCAAAAGAUUUGAUCAAAAAGCUUCAAAAAGCUGGAAAACAUGCAGCACUCAGUAGCUAUGAGGAACUUAAAGAAGAAAAGAAGGACACAACAACAGAGAAAGAAAAAGAAAACGCUAACAAUGAUUGUGACAUUAGAAUUGAGAAAACAAACAAAGAUAUCAUAGAAGUAGUUGAGGAUGGAAAAGGUGACAAGGAUGCAAACAUGUCUACCAUAACCGCUUCUAAUAAUCAAGAUUUGCAUCAUGUUAAGGUUUAUCCAAACAUGAAUUUAUAUAGGCAUGUGAAAACUCAUCCUCGGAAAUUUUGUUACAUAGCGCAGCCAUAUUAUUAUGUAGCUGCUUCAUACCCUGAUGAUGAUGAAGAAGAAUCUUGCCGCUUUCAAGAGCCAAGAUUUCAGCCACCAUUGGAGAGACCAAGGGUGAGAGCAGAGGAUUACUUUAGCGAUGACAAUACCAUGGGUUGCCAUGUAAUGUGA